CGCCACCACCAGCUCUGAACUACAUUCAACCCCCACCCCUUCACAUCACAACCCUCUGUUUCCCUCACUAAAGACCAUUGCCUUUUUUUUUUUUCCUGAAAUGGAAGCACUCAACAGGUGCUCAUCACUUACUUCUUCAUCAUCCGGUUCGUCUUCCUCAGACUCUUCACUGUCCGGUAACAAGACACGAAGAGACACAGACAAACCAGAGAGAAUCAGAGGUCCUUGGAGCGCAGAGGAGGACAAGAUUCUGACCCGCCUUGUGGACCGAUACGGGGCGCGAAACUGGACCCUGAUAAGCAAGUACAUAAAGGGUCGGUCCGGAAAGUCCUGCCGGCUCCGGUGGUGCAACCAGCUCAGCCCAAAUGUGGAGCACCGUCCGUUCUCUCCGGCGGAGGACGAGAUCAUCUUGGCCGCUCAUGCUAAGUAUGGUAACCGGUGGGCCACCAUUGCCCGGUUGCUUCAGGGUCGGACUGAUAAUGCUGUCAAGAACCAUUGGAACUCGACGUUGAAGAGAAAAUAUCUACAAAUCCAUGAACAAGAUGGUCAGAGAAUGGACGGUGGUGAUUUGAAGAGUGAAUCAGGAUCUGGGUUUUUCAUGAAUUCUGAUAAUAUUAGAGUGGCUGAUCGGACUUUCUCCGAUUCUGAUAAUUUUGACCCAAUGACGACUUUGUCAUUGGCGCCGCCGGGAGUGGUGGGUUAUGAGCUGCCGGAGAGAAAGACCGAGAAUUUUCCGGCGGGGUUUUGGGAUGUGAUGAGGGAUGUGAUUGCAAAGGAGGUGAGACAGUGCGUGACGACGUCGUUCUCGGAUGCUUCCUCGGGGUUUCAUUAACGUUAAAUGUGUUCGUUGCUUGUUAAAAUCUCCCUGUCCUUUUCUGUUUUUUUAGGAAUUAAUUAAUCUGUCUUUUUUCAAAGGUAUUAAUUAAUCACCUUCUGGUUUAAUUAAUCUAUUGUAA